AUGUCUAGCGGGUCAUUGGAAAGAACUGUGUCAGCACAGACAGCGCCCGCAGUAGUACCUCUGAGAAGCAAUGACCAAAUUUCUGUUCCAGAGGACAGUACAAAACGAUAUUCCGUCUCGGGACGGAAACAUGUGAAGAGAACUGUUACGACGCCUGGCCGUUUCCAGACUGAAAUCAAAAUAGACGAACGCCUGAUCAGAAAAUACCCCACCGUGAAGUCCGAAGCCAGCUGGUUCUACAGGUUUGUUGCCUUCAUGAAGGAGAUCAAGCACGUCAUGUUUGACGACGUACUUGACUUCAUUGAUGGUUUCUACGCACGGUUCUGGAAAUGGUCGUUGAUGGUGUGGAUAAUGCAAAAGUACAACGCAAACAAGGAUAGGCGGUAUGUCGGCACUCUGCUGCAAGUAAUCAAGCUGCUCUUGAACACCCGAACGGUUAUCUUUCUUCCUUUGUUCCCUGUCGGAAUUGUGCUCUAUGCCAAGAAAUCGGACAUUGGCGCAGUUAUCACGUUGGUGCUGGCCUUGAUGUAUUUCGCCAAAAUCCUGUCCAAUGUCACUGAGCACGCAGAACACCACGUGGGGCCGGCCUUGGGUGCGCUGUUAAAUGCCACCUUUGGAAACCUCGUGGAGCUCAUCAUUUCCGGAACGACAGUGUCGAAAGACGACGCAACGUUGACCAUCACCUCACUGGUGGGAUCGAUCAUCUCGAACAACCUGCUUGUCAUUGGCUCUUGUUUCUUCUUUGGCGGCUUGGAAGGUAUGCAGUUUGCUACUUCUGCAGUGAAGGGAAUCGCCAACCACAUGUUUUUCUUGGCGUGCAUCACCGUUAUAUUAUCCAUGAUGUCUGUGAUCUCCGUGAUUGACCCCGGAAAAAGCAUGCAAUUCAAGAUGAAUACAUCUCAGAUUGGUGCUGCUUUCAUCUUUGUUGUGUACGCGACUUACCUGGUGGUUUCCACAAACGAGGAGUUUAAGUCGAUGAAGAGAGUGAAACUGAAAAGCAAGCAGCAAGAAGAUGCCCUGGAGGGCCAGCCGUUGGACACCGACUCAGAGCUAGACAGCGAUUCCGAAAGCGAUUCCGAGUUUGAAGGCGAAGAAGAGAUCUUCCCACUCAGAGUCUGCUUCAUCGCUCUGCUCGUUUCGGUGGCAGGCCUGGGCCCCACGUCGAACUUUUUCGUCGAGUCUCUGAAAACUCUCACCGACGAUAAGCCGAUAUCCAAGGUAUUUAUUGGUAUGGUGAUUCUUCCCUUGGCCGGCUCGCUUCCAGAACACAUCUCGUCCUUAAUCAGCGCUCACCAUAACAAUAUGGCACUGUCUGUUUCACUAGCAAUAGGUUCCUCGAACCAGGUGCUGGGAAUGGUCCUUCCAAUCAUCCAGUUCAUCUCCCCUACGUGGCUGCGUACAUCUUCUGCAGCUCUGUGGCGUGCAUUUCGUCCCUGGUCCACGGAUGCAUUGUCUACUUGA